AUGCAGGACGAUCGCGUGUUCGCACCGGCACCAGACGUCACCAGAAGACUGGGUUCGACCACAACCCUGUCGAAACCGGAACCACCCGGAUCACCGCCCUAUUACCGCUCCACCUCUGCCUCUAGUUCAAACUCGGUUUCUUCAAGAGGAGGUUUAGAGCUGAACCCGAAACACUGGUGGAUCAUAGCUACCGUUUUACUAUUGGCAGCUGCCGUGGGGGUUGGGGUGCCUAUAGCCUUGAAAAUUAGCUCAGGAGCCUCGUUUGAGGAAAGACUAGAGGUAGCAGCCAGAUUACUAGAGGAGACACCGUUGGUGGACGGUCACAAUGACUUGCCAUGGAACAUACGAAAGUUCAUGCAUAACAAGUUGAAGAGUUUCAAGUUUGACCAUGACCUCCGCGAGGUGGCGCCUUGGUCUACGAGCGCCUGGAGUCAUACCGACUUGGUUAGGUUAGAGCGUGGUCACGUUGCUGCCCAGUUUUGGGCGGCUUACGUGCCCUGUGACUCGCAGCACAAGGACGCAGUACAACUGACCCUGGAGCAAAUCGAUGUCAUUCGGAGGUUCACCGAGUGGUACCAUCCCAGACUUGUACUUUGCACCUCCUCACAAGAUAUAAAGGCAGCCCAUAAGGAUCGCCAUAUGUGUUCACUAAUCGGGGUGGAGGGGGGACAUUCUUUGGCGGGAAGUCUGGCAGUGCUUAGGACGUUGUACCAUGUCGGAGUAAGGUACCUUACCUUGACGUCGACAUGUAAUACACCAUGGGCGGACUGUUCUCACGUGGACAUGCCCGGGAAGAAGCCAGAGCAUGGAGGCUUAACGAACUUUGGAAAGGCCGUAGUAAAGGAAAUGAACCGUUUGGGCAUGAUCGUGGAUCUCUCGCACGUUUCCGUAGGAACGAUGCGCGAUGCGCUCGAGGUGUCUAAAGCGCCGGUGAUUUUUAGUCACUCAUCGGCGCAUGCCCUGUGCAAUUCCACCCGGAACGUUCCAGAUGAAACUUUGAGGAAACUGGCCCUCAAUGGUGGAAUUGUUAUGGUUAAUUUUUAUUCGCUCUUUUUAACUUGCAGGGAAACUUCCACGGUGGCCGACGCAGUCGCUCACAUAAACCAUAUAAGGGAAGUGGCUGGAGUGGACAACGUAGGCAUAGGAGCUGGAUACGAUGGAAUUAAUUAUGUUCCACAAGGUUUGGAAGACGUGUCCGCCUAUCCGACCCUCUUCGCAGAACUAAUGGGCACAGGAAAAUGGACGGUGGAGGACCUAAAAAAACUGGCGGGCUUAAACUUUAUUAGGGUGAUGCAGAACGUGGAAAAAAUUAGGGAUGAAUUUAAAAGGGCGAACGUGCCUCCCUACGAGGACGUGAUGCCCCGCCAGAAGGGUACGAAUAAUUGUACCUCGCAGGCGAAUUAUUAGGUCAAUUUUUCAGCUUGACUCGGCAGAAAUUCGGCGAGAAUUAUCGCCCUAUCAACGAUCGAAGCGAUAAUUGCGCCCCUUUAGUUCAAAAUCCUUUAAUACGUUAAUUAUUAUAGGUCCGACUGAAAAGCUUAUUAUUAUUUUUUGUUAACCUCGAUACCAUAUAUCUUGCACGUCAUAUUAAGGGAAUUUUUGUGAAAUGGAGGUUUAAGGCAGUAAAGCAUGUCAGAGUCCGAGUUAUACAUCGAGCACAUGCGCUAUAUAUUUUAUAAUCGAAAUGGAUCAUAUGGAAAAUCAGCAGAGUGAAUUGAAUAAUGAACUUUUGCUGCAGGUUCUUUUCAUAUUUCGAGUGCAUUUAUUACAAUAUUAAUUCUUGAAAUAAAGGCUCGUUUUAAACUCUUACAAGAAAAAUAUAAUGGGGAACUUGCAAUAAAAGAAAAGCGUCAACAGUAAGGUCUGUUUGAAAUCUCAGGAGUUUCUUUAAAUAUAUCUAUAGAUUUGGGCAAGAAAGUGGUUGUAAUAAUUUGCCGCAUAUGCAUCUAAACAUUACGUCUUCCUUACAAGUGUAUUGAGUUUUAUCAUGCUUUUAUAGGUAUAAAGAAGACUAAAGAGAUUGAGUAGCUUUGGCAUACUAACUGUAUCCAUGAAAAUUAAUAACGCCCUGUAAAAUUGCUAAAGUAAUAUGCAGCAAAUAUAAAGCGUUCUCUCCCUGAUCUGUAUUUUGUUUUGUUAGCUUCAAACUUAGUGAGUCGCACUCACUAUUCACGGAAUAAAACAACAAUAAAAUAACGAAUGUCAUUUCAGCGCACAUGAUAAGGUUGAAUUUUAUUUAUCGAUCAAACGAACUUUAGGAAGUUCGAUCGAAAUUAUAUUUCGGCGCUUCAUUCUUCAUAGAUUACUAUACAAUUAUUCACUAUGUAGUUCUUUAAAGUCUUAUUUAUUUUGUUUGUUGGUCAGACUUUGGAAAAUUCUUGCGGAUAAUAACACAUUCUUAUAUCUAGUUAUAACUUUUAUUCCUAGACUCAGGUGUUCAUACAUUUAGCA